UGAUUGCUCAUCCCUGCAUGUGAUUUGAGAGGGCCAGUCUUUCAGGCCUGGAGGAAACUCAAGCCCCACCAGCCGCUUGGCAUCGGAAUGCUCAGCUGGUCCCCUCCUGGGGCUCAUGUGACCAAGAUCUAGCUAUAAAUAUCAGAGGGGCCUCAGACCAAGACAGAAUUCGGGCACCAGGAGAAGGAAGCCAACGGGAUCCGACCUGGUGUUUCGUGACAAAGGCAAGACCCCCAGGUCUACUUAGAGCAAAGUUAGUAGAGGAGGCAGCUAGGCGUGGCUCUCAUUCCUGCCCACAGAAUGGAUUAUAAGUCGAGCCUGAUCCAGGAUGGGAAUCCCAUGGAGAACUUGGAGAAGCAGCUGAUCUGCCCUAUCUGCCUGGAGAUGUUUACCAAGCCAGUGGUCAUCUUGCCGUGCCAGCACAACCUGUGCCGGAAGUGUGCCAAUGACAUCUUCCAGGCUGCAAAUCCCUACUGGACCAGCCGGGGCAGCUCAGUGUCCAUGUCUGGAGGCCGUUUCCGCUGCCCCACCUGCCGCCACGAGGUGAUCAUGGAUCGUCACGGAGUGUACGGCCUGCAGAGGAACCUGCUGGUGGAGAACAUCAUCGACAUCUACAAACAGGAGUGCUCCAGUCGGCCGCUGCAGAAGGGCAGUCACCCCAUGUGCAAGGAGCACGAAGAUGAGAAAAUCAACAUCUACUGUCUCACGUGUGAGGUGCCCACCUGCUCCAUGUGCAAGGUGUUUGGGAUCCACAAGGCCUGCGAGGUGGCCCCAUUGCAGAGUGUCUUCCAGGGACAAAAGACUGAACUGAAUAACUGUAUCUCCAUGCUGGUGGCGGGGAAUGACCGUGUGCAGACCAUCAUCACUCAGCUGGAGGAUUCCCGUCGAGUGACCAAGGAGAACAGUCACCAGGUAAAGGAAGAGCUGAGCCAGAAGUUUGACACAUUGUAUGCCAUCCUGGAUGAGAAGAAAAGUGAGUUGCUGCAGCGGAUCACGCAGGAGCAGGAGGAAAAGCUUAGCUUCAUUGAGGCCCUCAUCCAGCAGUACCAGGAGCAGCUGGACAAGUCCACAAAGCUGGUGGAGACUGCCAUCCAGUCCCUGGACGAGCCUGGGGGAGCCACCUUCCUCUUGACUGCCAAGCAACUCAUCAAAAGCAUUGUGGAAGCUUCCAAGGGCUGCCAGCUGGGGAAGACAGAGCAGGGCUUUGAGAACAUGGACUUCUUUACUUUGGAUUUAGAGCACAUAGCAGACGCCCUGAGAGCCAUUGACUUUGGGACAGAUGAGGAAGAGGAAGAAUUCAUUGAAGAAGAAGAUCAGGAAGAGGAAGAGUCCACAGAAGGGAAGGAAGAAGGACACCAGUAAGGAGCUGGAUGAAUGAGCGGCCCCCAGAUGCAGAGAGACUGGAGAGGGUGGGGAGGGGCCCAGCGGCCUUGGUGACAGGCCCAGGGUGGGAGGGGUCGGGGCCCCUGGAGGGGCAAUGGGGAGGUAAUGUCUUCUCUCUGCUCAGAGAGCAGGGACUAGGGUAGGACCCUCACCGCUGCGUCCAGCAGACACUGAACCAGAAUUGGAAACGUGCUUGAAACAAUCACACAGGACACUUUUCUACAUUGGUGCAAAAUGGAAUAUUUUGUACAUUUUUAAAAUGUGAUUUUUGUAUAUACUUGUAUAUGUAUGCCAAUUUGGUGCUUUUUGUAAAGGAACUUUUGUAUAAUAAUGCCUGGUCGUUGGGUGACCUGCGAUUGUCAGAAAGAGGGGAAGGAAGCCAGGUUGAUACAGCUGCCCACUUCCUUUCCUGAGCAGGAGGAUGGGGUAGCACUCACAGGGACGAUGUGCUGUAUUUCAGUGCCUAUCCCAGACAUACGGGGUGGUAACUGAGUUUGUGUUAUAUGUUGUUUUAAUAAAUGCACAAUGCUCUCUUCCUGUUCUUCAAAGGA